CAACAAGAGAGAAAAAAAAAGAAAUGGGUUCAUCAUCAUCACCAACCCUCACCACCGCACUAAACCAAGCCCGUCCUUUCCUCAGAGGAGAGCUAGAGAACGUCGACCCCAAACUCCCCUCCCUAAUCACCGUCCUCAAAAGCGUAGGCGCAGGAGAGUGCUGGCACAAACACGGAAGCUUCCUAGACCACUUGAUCGACAUCUACAAGAUCCUCAAGCUCUGGAAAGCUCCUGAGCCCGUCUCCCUCUGCGGCCUCUUCCACUCAGCUUACUCCAACUCCUACGUAAACCUAGCCAUCUUCCACCCUUCCACUGGCCGUGAAGUCGUACGUGGACACGUAGGUGAAGCAGCAGAGUCUCUGAUCCAUCUCUUCUGCGUUGUGCCGAGGCAGAGUUUGAUCCACGACGAUAUUUUGUUUAAGUACUCUGAUGGAGAGCUCGUUGAGCAUCUUGAACGCUCUGAGGUGUCGUUGAGGAAGGCUAAGGAGGGGUGGUUUGAUGGAGAGGAGGAGUGGAGGAAGAAGGUGAAUGAGUUGGUUCCUGAGAACGGCGUCGUUGUGAAGCAUAUAAAGACUGGUGAAGAGAUUGUUGUUUCGAGGAGGGUUAUUGGUGUGUUUUUGUUGAUGACGAUGGCGGAUUUUAGUGAUCAGUUGUUUGGGUUUCAGGAUGAGUUGUUUUGUAAUUAUGAUGGGAGGUUGGAGUUUAAGGGGAAUAAUGUGUUGGCGUUGUGGCCUGGGAAUGGGAAGCCUGGGCUUUGGAUGAACUCUAACUCGAGGAUGGGUGCGGUUUAUAGUUUGAUUGUGAGAGAAGAAGAGAUUUUGAUGGAGGAGAGGAGGAGAGGUUCUGGUUUUGUGGUGAGGAAGGAGAGAGAUGAAGAUAUUGAGCUUGUGGUGCCUCCUGUUUUCAGUUUCUGCACCAAGGUAUUGGAUGCAAAGGAGCAGAUAGAAGCAAGAGACAUGUACUGGGAAGCUGUGAGCAGCGACGCGAGCAAAGAAGGUUACUUGGAGAGAGCAGAGGAGAGAUUGUUGGGGUGUAUUGAGAAGAACCCAUUUGUGGGAGAGCCACAUGUGUUGUUGAGCCAAGUGUAUCUAGGGAAGAAGAUGUUCGUAGAGGCAGAGAGAGAAGCAGAGAGAGGGUUACUUCUGCUGUUGCAAUGGGGAAGUCCAUGGGACAAGAGGAUGUCAUGGGAAGGUUGGAUUGCUUGGGUUAGAGUUCUUCUCAUGAAGUCACAGGAUCAGUCUUGGCCUGAUGCUUCUUGGGGAAUCUUGAACUUGGGUCUUGUGCGUUAAAAGAUCAUUGCUUGUAUACCAAAAAUAAAGGUUUGAUAAAUAAACCGAUGCAUGUAGAUCAUCAAAGUCUUUUAGGCUUUUGGUAUAUGUAAUCCAGAAUUACAAUAUCCGAACAUAUAAUGGUCAUUGUACCAUAAGAAUAAUAAGACGUUAGUGAUUUA